AGCCAAAUCGCUCUGGGAUACCGCGGUGCGAGGUUCGCAUGCUUCUGCCGGUUUCACGAAUAUACGUACACACAUCAUCAUACGCGGUGCACGCGUAGGUACAGACGAGAAUUUGAUUAAUAUGAGUUACGACCGUUGCUAUCGACGCGCUAAUUCCGGUUGUCUCCUUGUUAAUACUUGGUUAAAUUUGUGAUAAAGUAACGAGUUGCUGUUAAUUCUUAUUUACUUAAGUGGUGGUGUCGAGUGCGCGGAGUGAUCUCUAUAUAUAUAUCUCUCUCUUUCAUUCACUUUUAUCCUUUUCUCCGCGACUUAUGUAUUCGCUAAUACUGUGCUAGGUAUAUGAAAGUGGCUUCCAGGUAUUUGUUGAUUUAUUAAUCCAUCGCCGUGGACCUACGGUUUAAGUGACUACGACGGUAACGGCACACGGUCAUCUCAAGGGUACAGCGAACUAGAAGGCUAAACGAAAAAACGAGUGGGUGUUAGCUGGGGGUGGUGCGAGGAUGGCGGACACGAGUCAGCAGGAGCUCUCGGAGCCGCACACUAAUGGGGCAGUAGAUGGCCUCACCGAAGAAGAAAAAAGCAAAAUGCGGCCUGCAGAUAUAGAUGCUGAUAUGCGUGAAAUGGAGAGAAGGAAGAGGGUGGAGAUGAUGAUGAACUCUAGACUCUUCCGAGAAGAAUUGGAGCGAAUUAUUGAAACACAGAUGAAAGACGGGGGGGCGGGACCUUCCGGACUCCUUCAACAAAUAUCUGAUAUGAUGGGGGCACAAGGUGCUCGCUUCAACUCAAAUGUGUUCAAAAGUUCAAACUGCGUGGUGCCUAUAAAUGACAUUCGAGGAGUCGAGAGUAUGGGAUAUGCUAAAGGUGAAAAACUGCUACGAUGCAAGCUAGCUGCUGUGUUCAGAUUGCUUGAUCUCUACGGAUGGACGCAGGGUGUCGGAGGCCACAUUACAGCACGUCUGAAUCAAGAUCAGGAACACUUUUUGGUCAAUCCUUAUGGUCUUCUCUAUCACGAAGUCACUGCGUCUAGUUUGGUCAAAGUAGAUAUGCAGGGAUCUGUCGUUGAGCAGGGAACGACCAACUUUGGUGUACAUAUUACCGGAUUUCAGUUACAUUCAACAAUACACGCUGCUAGACCCGACAUCAAAUGCAUUAUCCACAUCACCACUCCGUCCGUUAUAGCUGUUUCAUCUUUGAAGUGCGGGUUGUUGCCUCUUGGCCAGGAAAGUAUAGUAAUCGGAGAGGUAAGCACGCACCAAUAUAUCGGUGGCGUCGUCGAGCUUGAGGAAAAAGAAAAGAUAUCAAGAAAUUUAGGUCCAGUGAACAAGAUAAUGUUUUUAACAAAUCGCGGAGCAUUGUGCUGCGGGGAGACUGUAGAGGAGGCAUUUUACAAUGUUUACAAUACAGUUUUGGCUUGUGAAACGCAACUGAAACUAAUACCAGUUGGUAUCGACAACCUUACCCUUGUUUCGGAGGAAUCAAGAAAGGCCAUAUUCGAAGCAUCCAGAAAGCCCCCUGUUCCACACCAUGCCUCAGUUGCCGAACCAUCGCCUCUAGCUGACAAACUGGAAAAACGCUGGCGUAUUGGUGGAACAGAAUUUGAGGCGCUAAUGAGAAUGCUCGACAACGCCGGUUUUCGCACUGGCUACAUUUACAGACAUCCAUUGAUCAAAGGAGAACCCCCAAGACCGCGUAACGACGUUGAGGUACCUCCAGCAGUGUCUUCCUUGGGCUACCUUCUAGAGGAAGAGGAACUUUACAAACAGGGGCUGUGGAAGGGAGGUCGGAAAGGAACUGACAGAUCACGCUGGCUUAACUCACCGAAUGUUUAUCAAAAGGUUGAAAUCUUGGAGACCGGCACCCCAGACCCGAAGAAGAUAACUAAGUGGGUGGAUCAAAAUGCUGAGGAGUGGGUGACGGAUGGCUCGCCAACACAUAGCAGUACCCCUGUCAAGAUCGAAAGUGCUCUACAAUUUGUACCCAAAAAUACGAAUCCCAAGGAAUUCAAGCAGCUUCAACAACAGAUUAAAGAUUAUCGUCGGGCAGACAAAAUAUCUGCUGGUCCACAAUCGCACAUACUUGAAGGAGUAACUUGGGACGAAGCCAAAAAAAUGCAGGAUGCUACAAUCAGUGCGACUGGCGAACAAGUUGUGUUGGUUGGAGCAGCUAGCAAGGGUAUCAUUCAGAGAGGAUUCCAGCAUAAUGCAAUGGUGUACAAAACUCCGUACGCGAAGAAUCCGUUUGAUGCUAUAACGGACCAAGAACUUGAUCAAUACAAAAAGGAUGUGGAGCGCAAACAGAAGGGAGAUCCUUAUGACGAAUCGCAAUCUGAAUCUGAAGCUUUGUCGUCUUUCAAUGUAAGCCGUGCCACCCAUGAAUCCAGCACUGCCAAAAGCCCAAUCCAAUCACCUGUCUCUGUAACGUCAGAGACAGAGGAGGAAAGCAGAGAUGAACCACGAGUAUUACGAAUAGAAACGAAGCAAGUACCUGCACCAAGUCAGCCCGAGGUUGUACUCAGUGAUGAACCAACAGCAGCUACCGUUGUCGCGGAUUCUCCUUUGGUUCAACAGGCACAAAUUCAGCAAGUAGAACAACAAUCUCUAUCUAUUAUCCAGCAGAAACCUCCAGUGGACGCAACGACAGAGUUCCUUAACGAGAUGCGACGCUCUGCAGUAAGCGAACCACGAAAUGAUCUCAACAGGCGAGGAGAAAACACAGUGAAUGGCGACCAUUCCGACGCACAUCACAGUACCUUCUCCCAAAGCAGCAAAGAGGGUUCCAUGUCGCAGGAUGUGAGCGUUAGCGAGGAGUCCCCCAAAAAAGAGAAGAAGAAGAAGAAGGGACUGAGGACGCCAUCUUUCCUUAAGAAAAAGAAGGAAAAGAAGAAGUCUGUCGAGGCGUAGGUAGUUAAAUCUGAGACACUGCCAGAACAGAAAUUUAAUUAUAGAUAUAAAGAAAAAUCUUACCCAAGGUCGAAGCUGAAUUAUUAAGGUUCGAAAAGAAAAAAAAAACUGCAAACCAACAAAAUGUUGAAUAAACGAAUAAAUAAUGAAUUAUGAACAAAAAAAAAAAUUUUACGAAUGUCUUAUACCACCUGCAAGCAACCAAGCAACAAUCACAUCAUCUUUCCAGGACUCAAGACUGCCAUCACAAUAUUACGUCGACUUUUAAGAAAAACUAUAUUAUACUAUAUUAUAUUGUUAAUGUUUUUACCUUUUAUUUGUUAUAAGUGUUGCACUCGAUAUUAAUCUAUGGUCAACUUUUUUUUUCUUUUUAUCUCACCUUAAUUAGCUACGCAAUAAUGACACAAUAUACAUAUGACCCUUUAAAUACAAAGAUAACUUACAAUUUGCCUUUCACGUAUUUCACGAUAUAGCCAAAUCCCAGCAGACAUGAAAAUUAAGUGAAUGUAGAUUUUAUAUGAACUCACAAACGUCAGUAACACCAUCCAUUGCCAAAAUGAAAUUUCAAUUCCCAAACUCCAAAGUUUGAUAUGUAUAUCCGUCGUUAUCUUCAGAAAUAAUUAGUAGUGCAGACUUUAUACACUCAUAGAAGCAUUAUUUUAUUCUUUUUAAUUUUUGUUUUUUUUUUUUUUUUUCUAUCAAUCCAACAAUUUUAUGUGAUCCAAGAAGACGCUCUGCGUAAACGGAUUCAACUUUUCUGGUAGAUGAAUUAAAUCAUCAAUAAAAACUGAAUCUUUUAUGGAGAAGGAUUAAUAUGUUGCAACCAAGUUGUGUUAUCAUCUUUACAAAUUUUUUGUAAUAUACGUUGCACAAUGUGAUACCAGAUAAUUUACUUUUAUAAAUUGAUUUGAAAAAAAAAAAAAAAAAAGAAAAGAAAAGAAACCGUUGAUGUCAUAACAAACCAAUGAAAAGAUAGAUAAACGAAAGCGAAAAAUACAUUUAAAUUUAGAUUUAAUUGGGUAUUUUACAACUUUCGUACACUCACAUACGUGAAGAUAGUUCGUCGGUAAAAAUUUUUAAAGUACCUUCUACUGCAAAUUUGGUAUGAGAGCUGACAAAACUGUACACUUAUUAUUGAAUUAUUAAGUACCAUCUCGGACAUCUUUUUAGCAAGAUUUAUACAAAUUGUGAAUCAGUUGGUUCACCAAUAUUUGAAAAACUUAUUGAAUUAACGUAGUACAAUAACGUAGUGGAGAUAAUACAGUAGAUGCGUAACUUAUCAUUUGAUUUUUUCUCUGACCUUUGCACAUUAUAUUGAAAGCCUAAGAAAAGGACGAUGUUAAUGAGCGAGUGUUGCUGCGACAGUGACAAUGCAAUGUAAUUUAAUGUAAGUGAAGAUUUGCUUGGCAAUAAGCUAGCUGAGUGUUGUGUAACAAUACCGAUAGAGAGCUUAUUGAUUGCCAAAAUUUUUUCUUAAUUUCUCGAGUAAUGAGGAAAUAUUGACGAAUAAAAUAAACAACCAUUGAGAAAGCUACAAUAGCAGAUGUGGUUACUCUGCCUACCUGUCUACCUCGCUUACCAGCUUACCACAUAUAUUGUACAUGUAUACGUAGGUAUAUCGCGAUGAUGCUUGAAGAAUAAAUUAUUUAUCUAUCAUUCGUCGUAUGUAUUCGGCUUUUACCAAUGGCUUUAUUGUGAUUAUCAAUGUCAUAAGUAUCGUACCCUUGUAACUUACUAGUACUCACGCGUUGUAAUUUUAUUUAUUUAUUUAUUUUUUUUUCAGUAAAAAAUUCCAUUUGCCUUUUAAAUUUAGUCGACGAAGCCUGAUAGGCAUCAAAAUGAUAUGUCAAUUCUUUACUUUGCGCAUUCAUUUUCACGUAUAUCGCAUAAACGUGUACUUUUACAUCGGUAGAGACAAGCUGGUUGAAAAUGUUGAACAGCCACAAAAAAAAUAUAGGUAUUGCAAACCACUACCGUAUAUAUGAUACAGUUUACCAAAAUUUCGAUGAGAAUGCAAAAAAUAUGAUGAAAGAGAAAUUGUAUGGAAAACGAUAUUAUCAGAAAUUGAACGAGAUAGAGACAAUCUCUGAAGCCGAGUAGAGACGAGAAUUCUUUAGUCUUCUAUCCAGUAUUGAGUGUCUGGUUCAAUAAGAAUGAUUGUUCUUACGAUUAAUUGACUUAUUUUCGAUGCUUGAAAUUUUAAUAAAAUGUUGUAAUUCAGAGGACUGCAGUUCUGAAGAUGAGAAAGAAAUUGUAUUAAUGUUAAAGGCAGCAGAUUUAGCGGUUGACAGGUAGGGUUGCAGCUUCUAUUCCGAUCAUAAUUCAUGUGAUGGGGACGAUGAAAUUGUUUGCUUUUUAUUUUUACUCUGUUGAUGUUUUUGGUUGUUUUUUUUUCAUGCAACUCUGUAAUGAUAUAUUUUAUUUUCCAUUAUACUAUUAAUUAUUAUUAUAAUGAUAAUAACAUACACAAUAUUUAAAAACUGAAAGUUAAAAGGAGGAAAACUAUACAGUUUAUUAAUCGUUAAGAAGUAAUAAAUAACAAUUUAAUACUUGUACCUUAAGUUUUCUUUGUACAGGAGAUACAUGCUAGAUGAUAAAACGAACAAUUACUUCAUUUCUGAGGAAAUCUUAGGUGUAAACAUACGUAUACAUACACAACUACACUGCUACGAGUGUGCUCAAAAUAAAUGAGUACCCUUGAUACCGUUUUGUUCCGAAUAUAAGUCGACCCUGAUUGUAGCUCGACUUCUGAUUCUAAGACUUUAUUUCCGCAAUUAUUGUUCAAAUACACCUGUAAAGGAAAUCCCGUAAAAAAGCAGAGUACGAAUUUUUUUUCACCCGGUUUAGGACCAAAAAUCUUGAGCUUUAAAUGUUCGGAAUAAUUUGGUUAUACAAUAUUCUUUGUUGCACAUGUACGGCAUAAAUAAAUUCCCACGAAUUCACGCGCACUGCGCGUAAUGUAAUGUUGUAAUUGUAUUAUUGAAUUAUAUCAUGAUUUGCAAUCCAUCAUUCUAAUAGUUUAUACAUAUUAUAUGUAUAUGCAUAUAUAUUAAGGUGUUACCAUUGGAAAGCAACUUUUUUUUUCAAUGCAACUCUAAUUAUCUUUUAGUAUGUACCGAAAUAAUAAUCCUUCCCGAAUUUUAGCUUGGAAUUGAAAUUUUUAAAAGUCGCUGAUCGAUUUUUAAGUUUUCCCAUUUGAAUUGCAUAGGAAAAGUGCACAUUUUUCUUAAAAUAAUUCCCAUUUGGACGCUUUCAAAGAUAUCGGAAUGAAUCCAAUGUACACUUGUAGAGUAUUUAACGCUCUUCAAAAAUCAAAUGGGAAUUAUUAUUUUUUUUUUUAAUGGGCACUAUUCCUAUGCAAUUUAUAUGGGAAAAGUUAAAAAUUGAUGAGCGAGCUUCAAAAAUUUUAAUUCGAAGCUGAAAUUCGGGAAGGAUUAUUAUUUCCGUACAUAUUAGAAGAUAAUUAGCGUUGGAUUGAAAAAAAAAGUUGCUUUCAAAUGAAACACCCUAAUAUAUACAUAUAUACAUAGAUACAUACAUAUGUAUUAUAAUGUAUAAGUAAUAUUAUUGAAUAUACAGAUAUUUAAUUUUAGCUACGAUCAUGCUUUAUAUUAUAUUAAAUAUUGAGAUAAAGUUUUAAUAUGUUAGGCAGAUAGGGCAGGAAAAUAAUACAAGAGGGAGAGAUGGUGCGAUUGUGAGAGGAAGAACGAUUUAGCAGUGUGCAAACGUGUGUGCGAAUGACAAAGAGAUAGUGGAAGAGAUAAUUACCCUAUUUUCAUUUUUUUUAACAUUAUUAUAUGCAAUAUAAUAUAUAAUGUAUAUUUUUAAAGUUCAAAAAAAUGUUCUUGACGUAAAUUUUUGCCACAAUAUUAGUUAAAAUUUUUGAAAAAAUUCUAAUGUAAAAAAAAAAAGUAAUUGCCGUAUGUUAAAUAUGUGCCUGUUCUACAUUUACUUACUAUACUUUGUUUUUCCUUUUGAUUCUACUUUUCAAAAGAUGGUUGCUGCUUACCACCUUGACUAUAUCAUAAUCACGUAAUCGCCGCUUACUUUUGGUCUUUUGGUUUUUUUUCAAUUUGGAAAGCAUGAAGAAAUGAUUGUAACUAUCAAGUGAAAUCAUCAUUACACUUGUAUACAACAUACACAUGUAUAAUUAGGCUUUUUCAGUCGGAUCACAACCGAGUCGUUUUAAUGAUUUCAAUUGGAAAUCAACCAAUGUUGGGAGAAUAAACUUGCUGAAAAAAACGACGGUUUAAUCCAUAUUGAAAUCUUAUUCUUUUCUUCUCUAAGUUAACAAAAAUUGGAGACAAUAAUAAGACGGUUUAGAGUGAUUAACCUACCGGUCUUGGUUUCAAUUUUUUUCUACCUUCCCAUAUUGAAAGAGAACAUAAACUGUGUAAUGGAGGGAAUGAAAAAAUCAUUCUGACUACAUACCUUGAUAUAUUUCUUUCACUUCUAAUUCCCGAUAUUUUUAUCUAUUAUUUGAAUGGCAUGUUUUAGUAAAUAAACUUAAAUGUACAUGAGGCUCAGGCUGCCCGCAGCGGCCUUUAAAUACUGCUCGAUUAUUAUGAUGAUGUCUUUUAACUUAUCAUAAGAGAAUGAUGAGAAAAAAGUUAAUAAUAUUAACAUCGAUUUACAUAUUAGAGACAUUAAUAAAUUUACAAUAUUAGCUUCGCAAUGUUUUACUUAUUCGUACACGUUAAAUAUUACGUGUAGCACGUAUUACAAAGUGUUUUAUUUCUUCGAAGAAAAACACCGAUAAAAAGUAAUAAGACAAUGAAAACAAAGAAAAAAAAAGUGCUAUAACAUUCUCGUCCCAAAUACAGUCUCAGAAUAAAAUUGACGAAUUUUAGGGUUUGAAAAUUUAGGUGAAUAAAAAAAAAAAAAACGUUCGUUAUUAUAAUUUUCCGUUGAUCUACUUAUUACCUUAAAAAAAGAAUUUGAUAAUCAAAAAAUCAGGCAGUGAAUUAGCGUUGAAUUUGGGACGGGAGUUUAUUUUUUCUAAUGGUCCAAAUAAUAAAUUGAAUUAAUCAAUUUAAUUUAAUUAAAUUCUAUAAGCUUUGUCACAAUAAAAUAAUUAUUAACUGGCCUAGGCAGCAUUUAAGAUUGAGUAACGAAUGUUGCCCUGUAACGAGGCAACAUACUUACACGCAUAUACAUAUACAUAAAUAUUUAUGACAAUUAUUGUACAUUGAAAUAAUGAAUUAAUUAUCGCCCGUGGGACUAAAACACUGCAUCUACCACACCCACAUGUGAGCAUUUAUUGUAUAGACUUAUAGAGAUAGACUGCAUAGUGAAAGACAGCACAGGUUUACAAAUAGCGACUGUCGGGUAAUUUUAUAGCACAUACUACUGGAGGUAGGCCACCCAUCCCAUCGACCUCGCGAAAAAUGUCACCGAAGUGAAGAGAAAUAUAUAUGUAUAUAUAUAUAUAUAUUCGGGCUUCUCCGUCUCUUUCGCUGUGCAUUUGAUCGACUAAGAGGAAACGUAUCGGCCGAUCAAGUGCAGGGCGAAAGAGACAGAUUGUAACCAACAUAUUAUACUUCUCUCUCUCUCUCUCUCUCUAUCUCUCUCAUUCCUCCGCUACAUUUUUUGUACACGCGAAGCUAACUCCAUUAAUAUAUGCUCUAAUUGUAAGGGGAUAACACGUGCAACCCUCCCUUCAACGAUCUUCAUCCCCCCCCCCCCCCCCCCCACAAUUUACAUUUAUAUACAAAGAAGGCAGAAAGUCGUGGACGAUACUUCUUUCUUUCUAACCAGGCGACAAUACCUAUUACUUAGCGCACAGCCUGUCUCUAUGAGUCUAUUAUGAUUUAUUGUAGCUAGCGAUUUGAAAAAUUGCUGUAAGAAUGAGUGGUGACAGAAUAUGUUCGCAAUAAAGUAUAUUCUUUCUGGUGCA